AAAUGUCAUUCCUAGACAACAAUUAAAAAAUGUCGGAAUCGUGUCAAGACGGUAAUUGUCAUGGAAAUUACGAAUAUGGGCCCGACGAAUCACCUACAAAGCUUAUCGUCAAUUACAUUCCCGAAGUCAUGACCCAGGAUAUGAUGUUUUCAUUAUUUUCGACCAUGGGUAAAUUAGAAAGUUGUAAAUUGAUAGCUAACAGAGGGUAUGGUUUCGUCGAGUACGCUCGUCCUGAUGAUGCUGUGAAAGCUAGGAAAGCGUUCAACGGAUUGUUGAUGCAGAAUAAGACACUCAAAGUGUCUCAUGCCCUGCUCAAUCCUGAACUCAAGCCUCCAACGAAACCGGAAGCCGACUGGAACCUUUACGUAUGUAACCUGCCCAACGAACUAACCUUGCAGGAUUUGCAUGGACUUUUCGCACAAUUUGGUAAAAUAGUCAAUUCCCGUAUAGCGUCGGGCAUAGCUUUUGUAUUAUAUGAACAUCAAUAUGAAGCUGAGAGAGCAAUCCAAAACAUAAAUGGAACCACGCCCCCUGGCUUCCUGCAUCCACUUACUGUUAAGUAUGCAAAUAAAAGCAACCCUAAUAAACAUAAAAACAACAACAACAAUUUUUCUAAGAAUCCCCUUGUCAAACCUUAUCAUUGGAUAAAUCAUAUGGGUGCUAUUGGUGAUCAUAACUCUCCAAGUACAUGGUCUAUUUACAUUUAUAAUAUUGCUCCUGAAGUAGAAGAAUUGACUCUAUGGCAGUUAUUCGGUCCAUAUGGUGCUAUUGUAUCUGUUAAGAUAAUUAAGGAUCAUCAGACUAACAAAAGUAAAGGAUUUGGGUUUGUGACCAUGAGGAACUAUGACCAGGCAGCGAUGGCUAUACAGGCCUUGAAUGGUUACGUUCUGCACGGGCAGCCACUCUCUGUAAGUUUUAAAACUCAAAAGAGAUAAUGGCGUAACCUGACCAUCCAAAAAUUUUACAAUAUCAGUACAGUAAUGACUAGACAAAUUGACUUUCUUGACAUUGAUUGGCAUAGAAUAACAAUAUAUAAAAUUUAGUCUUAAAUGGAAGUUUAACGUUUCCAUGAUGUAUAUUUAUACGUGCAGCGUGUCAUCUCUUGUUAAAAUAUUAUUACUUUGAGCUAUCAACAUUGUUAAGUUUGUUUCUUAUUAUGAAUAAUAAUUUAUUCAGUUUGCUCGUUAAAUGUUUCAAGUUUAGUAGAGUUUUAAGAAUUGUAUUGAGGUGAUUGUUGUUUGAGAGUUCAACAUCAAUUGUGAGCUACAUGCUUUGAUUUUUAUUUCAUUAUCUAUUAUUAUUUAAGUAUAAUAAAUACAAGAAUGUGCUUUAUAAGAUCUAAUGUAACUAAACUAAUAUAAGCCACUGUGAGAUGUUUAAUCAGCUACUAGGAUUAGUUGUACACUUUUUAUAACAUGAUGUCUAUUUAGGUAGUAAAACGAAAUCUAGAUUAUAUCAUAUUUAUACAUUUAGUAUAAAACUUGCUGAAUUAAAGUUCAUUUUCACAAUUUUGAAGAAUCUUUUUUAUUUAUUCAAAAAUAAAAUCGUUUUUAAUCUUUUAAUAAACACCAAUUUACAUGUGCAUUAUUAUUUAUGAAAGUGAAAUAUUAAUUCAAUAAAUUAUGUUUCAAUAAGUUUAUUUUUUAUUUAUGUUGGAAUAUUGUUUCAUAUUUAAUCAUUUUAUUGUUUUAUAAAUUUUGUAUGUCACUAUAUAAUCAUAUUUUUUAUUUUAAAAGGUGGUUGAAUGAUUUUUUAACUAUGUGCAUAUCCCUGUUAUUAAGCACUUACUUCAAGUAAUUGCUAGGUCUGAUUAUGAAAAUCUAGAAUUAAAAAGAAAAAGGAAGGUACUUCUACUAUAUAAUCUAAGAUCAAUUGUUCAAUCAAGCCUGAUUAGUAAAUAAAAUUUAAUAAUCAUA